AUUAGAAGUUUUGAUGGCUACCCAAAAGUCCCGGGAAGUGAUGUAUCUCAGACAUAUAACGAUGAACAAAUAGUUUACAACCUCACAUUUCGUUAGUUAAUUCUUAGUUUAUGUUUUUCAUUUUUGUUCAUGCUUUUUCUAAAUAUAGAUAAUUUCUGAUAAGUUUUUCCUAGUUUUCAAGGAGGAAAAGUUUUUGCAUGAAGAUUAGAAACAAAGAAAAACGUAGUGAUUGUAUCGCUCAACGACAAAUAAUUAAUUGAGAUUUGUGAAAAAUCAUGGAUGAUACAUAUAUGGGAGAGGGGUCUCGACAUGGACAGGGAAUGGAAUUUGUGCCAUUUCAAACUUGUCAAGAAUCAUUAGAAACCCUAUUACUUCAUGGAAAUUUAGAUAUUUUGGUUAAGGGAGCCAAAAAACUUCCUAACAUGGAUCAACUUCAUAGUACCAUGUCUGGUUUAUUUGGCAUGUCAAAGCUAAAAUCUCAUGGGACAAGUGAUCCUUAUGUUAAUGUUUCCAUUGCUGGCGCGAUUCUAGCUCGAACUUUCGUUAUGCAAGAUAACGAAAAUCCGGUAUGGAUGCAACACUUCAAUGUCCCAGUAGCACAUACAGCUGCAGAAUUACAUUUUGUAGUAAAAGAUGAUGAUGUAGUUGGUUCUGAGAUUAUAGGAGCAGUUGGUAUUCCUACUAGAAAACUUGUUUUAGGGGAGAAAAUUGAAGGAACUUUCCCAAUAAUGAAAGGUAAAGGGAAAGUCUGGGAAACUGGAGCUAAUUUAAGUGUAUCCAUCCAAUACACUCCUGUAGAACAAAUGAAUUUGUAUCACUCAGGUGUUGGGAAUGGGAAUGGUGUUCCUAGUACAUAUUUUCCGCUAAGGAAAGGGAAUAAAGUUACUCUUUACCAAGAUGCACAUUAUGAAGAUGGUAUACUUCCAGAUAUUAAGCUUGAAUAUGACAUGGAUUUUGUUCAUGGGAAAUGUUGGGUUGAUGUGUAUAAUGCGAUUUCGAGUGCUAGACAUCUGGUGUACCUUACAGGCUGGUCUGUAGUUCAUCUUGUUAGACUUGUUCGUGAUGAUCCAGAGAUUUCGGGUGUUACAUUGGGUACCUUAUUGAAGAGUAAAGCACGAGAGGGUGUACGAGUUUUGCUCCUUGUAUGGGAUGAUCCUACCUCUAGGAAAUUCUUUCAUCGCACGACUGAAGGCAUGUUAGCAACAGAUGAUGAAGUGACAUACAAGUUCUUUAAGGACUCAUCAGUUCAUGUAGUACUUUGCCCAAGAUCUGGUGGUAAAGGGCAUAGUUUGCUAGGAAAACAGGAAGCUGGAGCAAUCUAUACUCAUCACCAGAAAACAAUUAUAGUGGAUGCUGAUGCAGGUCAACAUAAAAGAAAACUCAUUGCUUUUGUGGGAGGGCUUGACCUUUGCAAAGGGCGGUAUGAUACUCCAGAGCAUUCUCUUUUCAGAACAUUAGAGACAGCACACGAAGAUGAUUUUCAUAAUCCCAAUUUCACUGGUUCAACUACGGGAUGUCCUAGAGAACCAUGGCAUGAUUUGCAUAGUCAGAUCGACGGUCCAGCAGUGUACGACAUCCUAACCAACUUUCAGGAGCGUUGGUUAAAGACUAGACCUCGUGGGAUUAAAAAAUUUAAGAGAACUUAUGAUGAUCAUCUAAUUAACAUAGAUAAAGUUCCAGAUAUUAUUAAACAAGAAGAUGCCGAAACUUGUGACAGUAAUGAGGAUGAUAUGGAGUCUUGGCAUGUUCAAGUCUUUCGCUCAAUAGACUCCAAUUCUGUAAAAGGGUUUCCUAAGGAUCCUAAAGAAGCGACGAAUUGGAAUCUUUGUUGUGGCAAAAAUGUUCUGAUAGAUAUGAGUAUACAUACGGCAUAUGUACAUGCAAUUCGCUCAGCCCAACAUUUUAUUUACAUUGAGAACCAGUAUUUUCUUGGCUCCUCUUAUAACUGGGAUUCCCACAAGGGCUUAGGUGCAAAUAACUUGAUACCUGUUGAAAUUGCUCUUAAGAUUGCUGAGAAGAUUAAAGCUGAUCAAAGAUUUGUUGCAUAUAUUGUUAUUCCUAUGUGGCCAGAGGGUGAUCCAAAAAGUCUUGCCAUGCAGAGGAUUCUUUAUUGGCAGUACAAAACAAUGCAAAUGAUGUAUCAAAUAAUCUAUAAGGCUUUGGAAGAAAAAGGUGUAGAGAACAGCUAUGAGCCUCAAGACUUCCUUAAUUUUUUCUGCUUAGGAAAUCGUGAAGUUUCAGAUGACGGUUCCAACAGUGUGCCAAGUGGAAGUGUGAACAGUCCACAAGCAUUUUUAAAAAGGAGUCGACGGUUCAUGAUCUAUGUUCAUUCAAAAGGCAUGAUAGUAGAUGAUGAAUUUGUCAUAAUGGGUUCAGCCAACAUCAACCAACGAUCUAUGGAAGGUACUCGAGACACUGAGAUUGCAAUGGGUGCUUAUCAACCGCAUCAUACAUGGUCUAAGAAAAAUUCGAGGCCACAUGGGCAGAUAUAUGGAUACCGGAUGUCGCUAUGGGCAGAGCAUCUCGGAACCAUUGAGGGUUGCUUUAUGUAUCCGGAGAGUCUUGAUUGUGUUAGAAGAGUAAGAAUACUAGGAGAACAAAAUUGGAGACAAUUUUCAGCUGAUGAAGUGACAGAAAUGAAAGGCCACCUUCUCAAGUAUCCUUUGAAGGUUGAUAGAUGGGGCAGGGUUAGCCCUCUUCGUAACUCGGAGAAGUUCCCGGAUUUGGGUGGUAAGGUCAUGGGUACAUUCUCCGGGAUCCAAGAAAACCUCACCAUUUGAACCAACAUGUCAAAAUUGAUAAAUAGAGCUAGGACUUUUAUAAGAUUUAAGAAAAUUUGGUCGAGUGUGAUAUAGCACCAAAUAGAUUGUCAAUAUGAUAGAUAGUUAUGUCAUUUGAAUAGGGGAAAUUUUUUUAUUUAUCAAAGUUUUACAUUGAGAGACUCCAAGCUGUAGUCUUUAAUAGAUUCAAUAGUGUAUCGGAGUAAUAAGUUAGUGUUAUGAUUAUUAAGGGAGAAUUACACUAUGUGAUUAAUAUUUUGGUCAAAGCACUCUUUCACUCUACUUGUGUGAAGUUUAUAUCAAUAGCAACGAUACAAAGAGCAUUUAUUUUAGAUA